CACAGAUUUCCAUCUUCAAGCAAGACAUUCGUUCCGUCAUGUUCCACCGCCGCCUCGCGUCAAAGAUGCCGCUCGUUGCAGCAGCGAAGAGCUUCAGUGACGUACCGCGCUAUGACCCAGUCGCGCAAAGGACCCUAAAGCUGUUGGAGAGGAAGAAGGUGACGACGUUGGACCUGGGCAUUCUAAAGGCCAAGAACAAACCUAUCACGAUGGUCACGGCCUACGACUACCCUUCAGCAGUGCACGUGGACCUGGCUGGCUUUGACAUCCUCUUGGUCGGGGAUUCUGUUGGCAUGGUCGAGUUGGGCAUGGACACAACAAUCCCAGUGUCCCUUGACGACAUCAUUUAUCACUCGAAGGCUGUACGCCGCGGAGCGACCCGACCGUUAAUCGUGGGCGACAUGCCAUUUGGAACGUGUGAAGGCGAUCCGUAUGAAGCGUUGAGAAAUGCGCAGCGACUGAUGAAGGAAGGCGGUGUCGACUGCGUGAAAAUUGAAGGUGGUGUCGAGCGCGCCAAAACAAUUCGAAUGCUGGUCGAUGGUGGAAUUGCCGUGAUGGGACACGUGGGGCUGCGUCCCCAAGCUAUCAGUGUCCUGGGCGGGUUCCGAGCGCAAGGCCGCACGGCAAAACAAGCUAACCAAAUCAUCGAAGAUGCACUGGCCGUCCAGAAAGCGGGAGCGUUUGCCGUCGUGCUGGAAUGCGUACCUUCGGUCGUCGCCAAAGCCGUGACGGAUAUUUUGGACGUGCCGACGAUCGGAAUCGGCGCCGGCCCUCACACCAGUGGCCAGGUGUUGGUGUUUCACGACGUGCUUGGCAUGCUGCAGCAUCCUCACCACGCCCAGCAUGUGCCCAAGUUUUGCAAGAAAUACGCCGACGUCGGCGAGCGCAUUCGUCAAGGUCUGGAAGAAUUUCGAGAAGACGUGGAGAAUCAACGAUUUCCGUCGGAAGUUUUUGCCCCGUACAAAAUGUCGAAAGAAGAACAGCGCAAGCUCCAGCACCUCGUCGACACAAAGUUUGCCAAGCGAAAAAACGCGGACGGCGGCGAUGGCGACGACGAAGGCGGCUUCGGCGUGUCCAAAGUAUACUAGCGACUGGUCUUGUUCUGAUGCUUACUUGUACUUCUUGCUGUUGGCA